UUGGCUUCUGACUAUUUGACACAACACAACACUCCCAAGGGUCAAAAAGCCAAGCCUGUGGUUUCCUUCAUUGCUGGUCUGACAGCUCCGCCAGGUAGAAGAAUGGGUCAUGCUGGAGCUAUUAUUUCUGGCGGAAAAGGUGGCGCCAUGGACAAAAUAAAAGCUUUAGAGAAAGCAAACGUAAUUGUCACCCGUUCUCCCGCCAAAAUGGGUGUCGAACUUCUCAAGGAAAUGAAAAGAUUAGAAAUUGUUUAA